AUGGCAACUUCUAGUUCACAUAAUGCAUCACAAGAAGUAACUGUGGAUGCAGGAGAUCAAAGAUCUGUUAAGUUAGUUUAUGACACAUGGACACCUCGGCCACAUUUUGUAGUUGUACAAUAUCGACCACAACAAAAUGCGAGUCCAGAAGAACUUGAAGCAACCUAUAAACUCGUCGGUAGUUUUCUUGCUGCAAACCCCGAAUAUAACAAAGAGGUCAUACUAUCGUUUCAUCGUGGAAAAUGGUAUCAACAGAAUACAGGUCACUGGCAUGCACAUUUAUGUGUACCUAUGGUACCCUACAUGAAUGCAGCCAAAACUCAGAUCAGCCCAGCAAACAACAAAGAAUGGAAUAAUGCCCAAACAGUUGAGGAUGGAAUGAGAGCCUGGGACAAAAAAAAGAGAGAACAAUACAAAAGAUACCAACUGGAUUGUGUUAACAAAAAAUACGCUAGAAAUAGUUCAGCUGAGAGUUAUUCUCUAUCAAAUCUUGAUGCAAACUCAAAUGAAUUCAAACUUGCCUGGAUGUCCUCAACACCACGUAUUGGCGUUAUUGCUUCGAAUCCUGAUAAUACCACUCUUGCUUCGCUUUACAACUUUAUGUCAGAGGUUCGUGUUAAGGCUACUACAGAAUUAAAUAAACACGACCCAACUUUCAACAAUUUUGGCUGCCAUCUCUGCUUAUAUGUUUCUGGUAAAACCUCAGACACAAAGGUGACACGUAGAUCAGGUCAAGUUUUCACAGAAACUGGAGCUUUAACAGAAAAUACAAAUCUUGUUGGUUACAUUCAAAUGGACGAGUCUCAAUAUGCUCAAUGGUUACCAACCGCUAUAAGAGAACAAUGGCUCACACAAUUUGCGGGUAGCGAACACUUUGUUUCAACAUGA